AUGCCGAAGAAAUUUGCGUCGGAGAAUACCAAGGCUGCGGCGGCGCGGGCGAGGAAAGAUGCCGCGAGCAACGAGGAGAAGCAGCGCCGAUUGAAGGCCGAGCAAGACGAGCUGUGGAAGGACGAAGACAAGUUGGUCGCAAGGAAGCAGCAACGAAAGGAAGAACGUGAGCGCAAGAAGGUAGAAGUGUCGAGUAAGAAAGCUGAGGUGAAGGCGUUGCUCGAGGCAGAGACGGGCACUGCAGCAGGAGGCAAGGAUUUGUCUGCCGCAGCCAAAGUCACGCGAGCGCAGAUCCAGGCGGCGCAGGAACGUGAAGCCGCCAGAACAGCCAAGGCAGCAGCUGCAGGAGGAGGCGUUAGUGGCAGGGGUGCAACGACGGCGGCUACAGACGUGACACACCUGGAAGUACCGUUGGAAGAGAACUUGAAUCGUUUAACGCUGGAAGAAGCUGGACACACUGCACGCAGUGUAGACGAAGCAAUCGUGCUUUUAAACGCCAAGGAUGCAGCAUCCUUGGAAAGCGCAGAUCGGCACCCUGAGCGUCGCGUUCGGGCUGCAUAUGCCGAAUUUGAAGCUUUACGGCUUCCUAUCCUGAGGGCUGAGCAGCCCAAUCUUCGGCUUUCUCAGCUCAAGCAGUUGUUGCGCAAGGAAUGGCUCUGUGCACCGGAAAACCCGAUGAACCAGCGGACGUUGGCGUACAAUGCAAAACCGACAGCGACGAACUCGUGAUCCGUGUCGCAUUCGUGCGUUUAUGUUUUGCUUUCCGUUCGUUUCAUUCAUUGCACGGCUUCCCGCUUGUACAUUUACUUACUCACUCACUCGCAUUUUAGCUUCAUCAUUGUUAAGAAAGUGAUAAAAUUGGCAAUUCAUCCGUACA